AUGCCUGCUUCCAAGACCGCCAUGCUCGGCUUUGGCGAGACCACUGUGACGAUUGGGCGCAUUGGGCACGGUCUGAUGAACAUGAGCCCUGAGAACCUGAGUCGCAGCGUGACGACGAUCGCGGCGACGCUCGCGCCCGGCGGAAAGAAGAUGGACCUGUUCCAGAUGGCGCGCGUGCCCACAAACGUGACGUUCGAGGAAGCGUUCGGAACCCAGAUUCACCCGAUCUCGGUCGUAGAGAUCGAAGCUCGGGAUCGUGAUCGCCGCGGCCUGCUCUCCGGCACGAUCAAGAGCCUCGACGACAUCCCCGCCGGAGACUACCGUCGGAAGCUGACACGCUUCCAGGAGGAGGCCUUCGCGCACAACGCCGAGAUCGCGGAGGCCUUCGGCGCGGUUGCCGUGCGCAAGGACGUCACCGCGUCGCAGCUCGCGCUCGCGUGGGUGCUCUGCCUCGGGCCGCACAUGGUGCCCAUCCCCGGAACUUCGUCGGCGACGCGCCACCUCGAGAACAUCGCUGCGGCGGACGUCGAGCUGAGCGCCGAGGACCUUGCGGAGAUCAGCAAGGUGCUCGAGAAGGGCGGAGCCGCAUCAUGGACGCACGGAUGA